CUUAUUUACCGUAGACCGAAUACCGGGAGGUUAUUGAAAUCUCACGAUUGAUUAUUUCUCACGAUGAAAUGUAAAUAAAUUAGGAGGAGACUUCCUAUCAAUAAGACUUACCAAGAAUCAUGGUGGUUGGUAACAAUAUAGUAGUACCUGUGGUGCUUUGGGGCAAAAAUGCUCCCACGCAUUGUAUAUCCGCUAUAUACAUGACACCAGACAUGAAGAAUAUUGUGACAGCCUGCAAUGAUGCUCAGCUCUGUGUAUGGGAUUUUUCACCUAAUUGGGAGGUUUACCCACGUCACAUGUUGUUUGGCCAUACAGCUGCCAUAUCAUGUUUGGCACCAGCUUCAGCACAGCAGGGAAACACCAGGGUUGUCAGUGCUUCAGAAAAUGGAGAGAUGUGUUUAUGGGAUAUUGCUGAUGGCAGAUGCAUAGAAACUAUAAAAAUGGCUUAUGCUCAUAGCAGUAUGCAGGCUUACCAUUUCCGAAACACAAAGGAUGUGCGACUUGUGUGUAAUGGUUACUACCCAGAAAUUGUGAUAGUGGAUCCUUUAACGUUUGAGAUUGUGUUAACGCUGAGUUCUAGAGUGUCUCCAGAUUGGAUCAGUGCUUGCUGUGUUCUACGACCUGCAAAAAGAGAAGAUGAUGUGAUUGUUGCCAUUUCAAAUUCUGGAGCAGUGAAGGUUUGGGCCCUAAGCGGAUCAGAGAAUAGGUCAAGGCCAAUACAUGAAGAUGAAUCAAAACAGAUACGAUGUUUGAAUGCACAGACAUUGACAUGCUGUCCGUACAACCAGCGUACAGUUCUCAUUGUGUGCUCCAAAUACUGGCAGAUAUACGAUGCUGGAGAUUUUACAUUACUGUGUUCGGAGUCCAAUCGGUGUGGCGAGAGGUGGGCUGGUGGAGAUUUUCUCAGCGUGGAUAGAGUGGUUGUCUGGAGCAAUGAAGGAAAAUCCUAUCUAUAUAAACUUCCUACAAACUUGCUGAAAGGAAGAGUACUAGAGAGUGCGAAUUCCGAGAGUGAUGCAUAUCAUCAUAAAGCACCGUCAUCACCUCAUGCAUACUAUGUUCUCGAUUUCUAUUCUGAAAAGACUCUAGCUUGCUCUCCAGCAGUUAUUCUACAUUCCACAUUAAGGGGAGAUAAUCAGGCAACCAAACUGUUGGUGCGAGGUGACUCGGAAGGUCAGGUUGUGAUCUGGAAACUCCCGGUGGUGUCGGAGCGCCAGAUGACUUUGGUUAGACAGGAGAGUUUUGAUAGGUUACCAGUAUUGUUACCAAAGUGUUCAGCUACACUACAAGACAUCUGGGACAAACUAAACCAGUCUCCCAGUGGAAUCUUGGAUGGAUUUAAAGAGGUGGAGGAUGGUGCUAUGAUAACAUCGACAGUUUACAUUCCAUCACAAGGCAAGCUGGUAUGUGGCAGGUCUAACGGGACAAUCAUCAUCCUACCAGCAACCAUGUGUAUUAUGCUACAGUUACUGGAUAAUAGAUUUAUAAGCCACGAAAAAAUUCAGUUGUUGACACUGGAAGGUCAUGAUGGUAGAGUAAAUUGCCUGUUGUAUCCGUUCAACGAGAGUACCCGGUAUGAGCCCAAACACCUUCUCUCUGGAGGAGCAGACUUCUCAGUCUGUCUCUGGGAUAUAUACGAGGGCGUCAAAUUACAUACAUUCACUGUUCAUGGUGGAGAAAUAUCACAGUUGAUGGUCCCGCCAAAUAAUUGUAAUGUGAGAAUUUUGACGUCCAUCUGCUCUGUGGCAUCAGAUCAUUCUGUUACACUUCUUAGUUUAAAGGAACGCAAGUGUAUACUUCUAGCUUCUCGUCACCUGUUUCCUGUUCAUAGUAUUCGGUGGCGCCCCCUGGAUGAUUUCAUGGUGGUUAGCUGCUCAGAUGGAACGGUGUAUGUCUGGCAGAUGGAAACAGGUCACCUUGACAGAGUUGUACAUGGACUUACAGCUGAGGAGAUCCUCAAUAAUUGUGACGAGAAUGCCAUGCCAGUCUUUGAUCAACUGACCAAUCCUAACUUGACCCUUGCCCAGGCCUUCAAGAGGCGUAACCUAGCAACAUUUAAGAAUUUAGCCCAGCAGAAGUUACAGGCUCUGAGCCAGAACCAGCAGGCUGCGGGGGCGAAGAUUGACCUGUCACAACCGCAGGAUUAUCCUAUGUAUAUAGAAGGUAUACGUACAAACACAGUGGAUCCUGAUGGACAUGUUGUCUUCUUUGAUACAGAGGCUCUGAUUGUUCAACUGUUAACAAAUGAGUUUGCAACAAUGUCACCAGGAGAGUUAGAAGCAAAAGGUUUGUCAACAUUACUAGACAGACGUAAGGCAUCAAAUGGUGGCUCGGAUUCACCACCAACUAUUGCAGGUAUUCUGGCCAAGGUGAAGGACACUGCAGAUACAGUUAGUCAGAAGAUACAAGCAGGUGUUGAUGCUCAUGGAUUCCAGCCUAUAAAUCCAAAUAUUCCAAGUCCCAGCCCAUCCAGAAAACAGUCACAGUCUGGUUCCCCAUUGGGGUCCCCAGGUCCUGGCGGAAGGAAGAAGAGACCUGAGCCUCUUAAUCUCCGAAACAGCAAUUUAACUAUGGAAAUUGCACAAUUAUUUAUGUCUAUGUUACAUGCUUGGGGCUUGGACCCAGACUUGGAUAAAUUGUGCUUAAAUAAACUAGGUUUGUUAAAACCUAAAUCACCAAUUUCAUUUGGACUGAUAUCUCGAGAAGGGCAUAUGUCACUUAUGUUGCCUGGUUGGCAUAAAGGUGUGUGUUCAAAGGGUGAUCCUAUUGUUGCCAUGGAUACAAAAGGUCAAAGAGCAACUCUGAGACAGCAGACAAGGUCUGAGAUGGACCCAGGAAGUGAAUCAGAUCUUAUUAAUCUGUCUAGUCAAGGAGCAGAAGGUUCACAAGUGUCAAAGGUUGAUCUGAAGGCGGAGAUUGAGAAAGAGAUUUAUAUGUUCACCAAGAAGGCUCGAUGGCAAAUUUCUAGUGCAGUAACUACACAACAUCUGCUGAGUGUGAUCUCCGUGGCAAAUACUUUGAUGAGCAUGAAUCAUGCGACAUUCAGGUCGCCUAAACCUGUACAAAGGCAGAGAAGUACGCGGUCAUUCCAAGGUGUUCAUGGUAUGCUAGUCAGUGAGGGAGAUGGUAGCUCUGCGGGAAGUGACGAAGAGACUGGAGAUGCUCUCAUACAGCAACAGGCACAGUUUAAACAAGGAUGGAGUCUCCUUGCAGCACAUCACUGUGUGCUGUUGCCAGAACUUGUCGAUUCAGGCCAGUAUUUUUCGCCGCAGUUAGAGAUGUUGGCGCGUAGGUGGCAGGAUCGGUGUUUAGAGAUAAGGGAAGCAGCACAAGCUCUUCUGUUAGCAGAGCUACGUAGAAUUGGUCCUGAUGGUAGAAAGUCAGUUGUGGAUGAUUGGUCUCCCUUCCUUCCGACCUACGUAGACCCACAACUGAGUAUUUUAAGUACAGACAGUCAUCCUGCACAUGGUGAAGAUGAGGAUGAGGAUGACACUGAACAUUAUUUAGUGGGAGAUUCACCACUACACAAACCUUCAAGAUCAUUUGAAAGUCGCCGAAAACAAGCCACAGCUAUUGUGAUGUUAGCAGUUCUAGGGGCGGAGUUUGGACAUGAAGUCCUGCCCACAAGGCGGGGACUGGAUGAUGGCAAGAAAAUGAAGAAAGGAUUAGAGGGAUUCACACUGUCAAAUUAUUCCCUGGCACAUCAUACAAGCAAAGCUUUAACAUUCCUUCUGCAACACCCACCAUCGAAGAAGCUUCCCGCUCACACACCAAUCAGACGGGCAGCAAUUGAUUUGAUUGGUCGAGGAUUUCCAGUGUGGGAACCGUAUUUAGAUGUGUCUGCCAUAUUACUGGGUCUGCUGGAGUUAUGUAUUGGUUCUGAAAGAUUGGUUCCUAGUGUGACAUUUGGGCUACCUUUAAGUCCAGCAGCAGACGCCUGUAGGACUGCAAGACAUGCCUUGUCUCUCAUAGCAACAGCUCGACCUGCCACCUUCGUUAUUACCAUGGCAAGAGAAGUAACCAGACAUAACCAUGCUAUGACACAAAACACCCAGUCUCAACACCAUUCCAAUCCACAUAACUCUGUAUUAGUGAAAUCCAAACCAGAGAUACUCAGAGUUGUAGAACUUCUUGUUGACAAGAUGCCUGCUGAUGUUGCUGACCAAAUUGUUGAGGCAAUGGAGAUUAUUAUUCACUGCCUGGAUGCAAGUCAGCUGAAGGCAAAAGGAUUACAGGAACUAUUCCCCGCUAUCUGCAGGUUCAGUAUGGUAACAUGUUGCAGCCAGACAAAGCGCAUAUGGGUUGGAGCUAAAAAUGGCACAUUAGCAUUCUAUGAAUUGAAACAGAAUUCCAAAUGUCAGGUGAUACAAGCCCAUGCCGGACCUGUGAUAGCAACUUCAAUUUCACCUGAUGGAAAGUUCCUUGCAACUUUUUCACAUGUGGACCAAAAAUUGAAGUUUUGGCAGACUGCAUCCACAUCUUUAUUUGGGAUUGGUUCCCAGCAUACAAAGUGUGUACGCCAGAUAGCGACACAGCCGAUUGCUGUUACACCUCACACCAACUUACUGAAACUAGUCAGACUGGUAUGGACAGAUAUAAGGGUUCUUGUUCUUUUAACAGUCGAUGGUACAGAGCAUAAAUACUAUGUGUAAACUCUGCAGUCGAUGUUAGAGAACUAAAUACUGUGUCAACAGGUCAACAGCACCGGACAUAAAUAAUAUGUGUAAACCCUACAGACAAUGGUACAAAAUACAAUACCCCCCACCCACUCCCCCCAUUAAUAUAGGAGUUGAGCAUUUUCUAGUAAUUUAAACAAAAGACACUUGUGGUCUGUUACUUUCUGACAGAAAGUAUUUGUAUUUGGACAUGUAUAGUGAUUUAUCAGUAAAGUUUGUAUUGCCAAGGCAACAAAAUGGCUGCUUUGUAAAAUGAUCAAAGAUAACGAGUUUCUUUGUACAUGUAUAAAUAUAUGGAUAUUGUCAAAACACUUCCUUAGUUGCAUUGGAUAUGUAAAUGUGAUAUAUAUUGUUGUAUAUGUAAUUUAUUUGAGCCACACCACGAGAAAACCAACAUAGUGGGUUUGCGACCAGCAUGGAUCCAGACCAGCCUGCGCAUCCGCGCAGUCUGGUCAGGAUCCAUGCUUUUUGCUUUCAUAGCCUAUUGGAAUUAGAGAAACUGUUAGCGAACAGCAUGGAUCCUGACCAGACUGGAUCCAUGCUGUUGGCUAACCCGCUACGUUGGUUUUCUUGGUUUUCUCAUGGCGCGGCUCAUUUGUUUUAUUUACACUGUGUAUAGUAAUUGCAUCAUUGUUGUGAUGUGCAUGAAAGCAAUAUAGUGCAACUACAUGUUACUUAUAAUUGAUUGAUCAUGUUUUUACUCUGUUAUAGGUGUUAUUUAUUCAGUUUAUGUCAUGGAAAAUUAUUUUAUUUGUUAUUGAAAUAAAUGUUAUAUAUUA